AUGGAUGCUCUAAAAGGUUACAAUCGACGUGACAACACUCCGGACUUUGUCAAAACAGUCCAUCAAGCACCCUAUCCGGCAAUCGAUCCUACUAAACCUUCCCUGUCUGCUGCAGGCAAAACGGUUCUCAUCACCGGUGGCGCAACUGGCAUUGGAUAUUCUAUUGCAAGAAACUUUGCGGCUGCAAAUGCUUCCACAAUUAUCUUGCUAGCUCGGCGGGCCUCAACCCUAGAAACUGCGUCCGCAGAGCUAUCAAAGAAAUACCCAUCAACACAAGUCCUAAUCUACGCUGUCGACAUCUCUAACCCCCAAGCCGUGAGCUCGACAUACAUAUCCGCGACCUCCACAGCUAAAAAUCACAGCAUCGACAUUCUCGUGCUCUCGGCUGUAUACUCGCACCCCCAGGCGGCCAUGCUCUCGAUCCUCGACUCUGACCUCAGAGCAUCCUUCGAAACAAAUAUCUUCGGCAACCUCGACUUGGUCCGCAAAUUUAUCGCCCUCCCCUCUCCCUCUAACCACCAAAAAACAAUCCUCGACGUCUCCAGCGAAGCAAUCUUCACUAGCGUCCCUACAACCGCCGGCUACGGCGCCUCCAAAUAUGGACUCACGUUCCUAUUAAGACAUAUCCAAGCCGAUAAUCCAGCGCUACGUAUCCAUUCGUUCCACCCAGGAGCUAUUUGGACGCCGAUGGUAGAGAAAGUUGGGGUUAAGAAAAGCCACGUUGAGAGUUUGUUGGAUGAUGAGGGAUUGCCGGGGGGGUUUGCAGUGUGGUUGGCAGGGCCUGAGGCGGAAUUUUUGAAGGGUAGGAUGGUGUUUGCCAAGUGGGAUGUUGAGGAUUUGGUCAGGAAUAGGGAGCUGUUUGAGAGGGAUGGGAAGCUCGCGACGGUUUCUCUGAAAUUUUAG